AUGUACAAUGCGCUCUUCUUUUCAGCCCCUGAUGCUUCACUGGUUGAUGAACGGCGAACCGUUCCUGGCAUUCACGGUGGAUCGGGAGCAAUUUUUCGUGCCUAUUUCAUUAAUUCUACGGGUGGGUCUAGUAUUCAAACUAUAUUUAUGAUUCAGGCCCUAAUGGAUAAGACUGAGUUGGAGAUUUACGAGGACAUUCGUCGUGGUGGUGGAAAUUCCCUGUUCUUGGAAGAACAUGCUAUGCGAAUUUUGCUGCGCCUGCAGGAGGAUGACUAUAAUAGUCAACCCCGUGCACUACGUACCCUGGGAAAACUGUUUCGAGAACGCAUGCGUCUGCCGGAUACCUAUAGCGACUACGCGGCUGGGGAAUAUUUGAUGAAGUAA